GAGAGAGAGAGAGAGAGAGAGAGAGAGAGAGAGAGAGAGAGAGAGAGAGAGAGAGAGAGAGAGAGAGAGAGAGAGAGAGAGAGAGUUUACAUCUUUGACGAACAAUCCUUUGGAUCUUGUUCUGGAAGAUUGAUCAUUAUUAAUAUGUUCUAGAAAACCUUCGUUUUAUCACUUUCUUUAUAAAACACUGGAAGUUUAUUAACUUAUAGGGUUUUCGAUCGUAUUAUUUGGUAGAUCGUCGCCAUUAAAAAGAAUAAAUCUGUUUUCCCCUUGUUUUUAUUGUUCAAUAUCUUUCAUAAACUACCCUCUUUUCUUGAAACUGUAUUAAAGAAAAUUUCAAUGGAAACAAUAUCAGUGCAACGUUCGUCACCGGGUAAGCAGGUUUCUGGUAUGAGGCCAUUCAAGAACCCAAGAAGAAGGAGUUCUCGUGGUUCUCUUUCGAGAUCCGGAGGAAGUUUGGUAAUCCCUACUAACCCAGCCUCGUCUUGGGGAUCUUCGUCGGCGUAUCCUCCGCCGCCUUCAAACUACUCGCAGCCUCCUCUUCUCCCUCUUCCACGUGUCAACAGCUCAACUCUUCCUCUGCAACGCGUCAACAGUUCUCGCACACGUGUGAACAGCUCUACUCUUCCUUGCGCUCAGACAAGAGCAACGUCCACUGAAACACAGCAGAAGAAAGUAAACUAUGUUGAAUCUGUACCGAGAUUGACUAGAACCGGCUCGGUUCCGGUCUGGUCUAACCACCCGCGUGAUUUCCCUAAAGGAUUUGAUGGUUAUCCUGGUCCAGCAAUCUUGCUGCUAUCUCCUCCACCGAGUAGUUUGCCGAUGCCCAAGUUUUCGAUCAAAUCGAAGCUUCGUUGCAACGCAGAAGCUGCAGGCAAAACUGACGUAGCAACCGAUAACAUCCGGCGAGUUUUACAGCUCGGGUGAAAGGUGGUGCUACUGCUACGCAACGUUGAUGAUAUUACAAUAAAAUAAACCCAUGGGCUUGUGCCAAUGUGCCUAUCUUAUUUUUAAAAGUGAUAGAGCUCUCUCCUUUUGUGUGAUUUGCUAAGCCGUAACUUUUUUAUAAGGCUCCGUUGACACAAAAUAUUCCUUUGCCGGAAAUAUAAUUUUUCUUUUUA